UGUAAUUUUUAAUCGAUCUCAUGCUACAGCUGAUAAAGUCGACGUCCGUGGAGUUGCCAAUUUGACACAGGUACUGGACAACUGGAGAUUUGACAUCAUGGCUCAGUUCAGAAACCUGCUGCUGAAUGAUCACCAGGCUCUCCUCCCCGAUUACGCCAGGAUCUCUCCUCUCUCGGAGGCACUCGAUGACCUGUUUAAGGAAUUUAACGCCCUGAAGGAACACCUUGGGGACCUGAGCGAAAAGUUCGUAGACAUCGAGGGUUUUGUGGACGAAAUGAAAUCCGGGAAGUUGAACGAUGCCAGGGUUCGCCUGCAGAGGCCCAACGGUGUACCGCCCCGGCAAAAGCAAACCCCGCCCAAGAAAAAGGCCACGGGCCCAAAGAAGAAGGCGGUUGAAAACCCUGCGCCAUAAGGAAACACGUCGGACCACCCGCAACUCUCCGCAUUUACACAGAUCUCGACGGAUUUGCACAGACGUUUGUAGGAAUUGAUUAAAGACCCGAAAUGUUUGCGAACCAGUUAUGUAAAGGCUUUGUCAAGGCAAGAUACCGCCUUAAUGCUUUUGCAGGCUAACAAUCACAUUUCUAUACUCUAGCUGGUGCUCUGGAAGCAAGGUAGAACGUUUAUUGUUUUGUUUUCCAAAUGUAUGCAACUCCUGUAUCCUUUUGACACGUAUGUCUUUUUUUCUCUGCCUUUUAAGUUAAUUAAAAUAAGC